UCAUGUCGUCUUCGUCCGGAUCGUCUCAACCGAAACGUCUUGGUCGAAGAGUUUUUCCAAAUCAGCAAUCAGAUCAAAUUAGAAGAUCACAACAGUUUUUGCAUUAUGUCCCACCGCCAGAACCACCAGUUGAUUAUACAAUUCGAGUUCCACAAGAAAAAGACUAUAAAGUAAUCGGUGACGUAUUUCAACGCCCCUCGUCUGUCGACUAUUCAAAAGAGGAAACACAUUUGACGUCAUCAUCAAAGGGUACUCCUCGUCUUGGAGGACGUCGAAAUACGGUUGAAGAAGUUUUGGAUGAACUCGACACCGUACUUUUUGAAGCUUCAAUUCCAUUUGAUGAGCUCAAACAAAAAGUGGAAAGGUUCAAUCUAACAUUCAAACCAUACGCUCCUGAAAUUACAGUAGACGAUCUUCCAGAAAUUCCAUAUAGCACAGACAUAAAAAGAACGCCGAGACUUGAAGCAAGACCUACAAAGGAAACAAUUCAAGAAGAGAGAAACCGAGUGGAAAUUGAAAAUCAAUACAAAAAGACACUGGAAAAAAUUGAAAUGGCCAAGCAGCACUAUUCUCCACAGUACUUCAGAGAACAAUUUGAAAGAGAAGGAAUUCCGCAUUGGAAACGAAAUCUUUUAGCCGACAAAAAAUCAAAGGAAGCAAUCAGACGAAUUGAGCAUGAUGCAUGGCUGGAUUUUGAAAGAGUUAAACAGAAAUUAUCGACAAAACCACAAAUCAAACGGUCGUCCAGUCUCCAAAUGAGAGGUCCACGUAUCAAACCUGAGAUAUCAUAAAUAAUAAUCCUUUCAUUUUCCCCACAUAAUUCCAACUAUCUCAACUUAUUUCUUUCCAAUGAUAAAGUUCAAAGUAUUC